UGCAACACAGCAGAGCUUUCUGCGCUGGAGAUCCGUUACAUUAGCACCAGGCUUUAAAGGGGCACCAAUCCCAUUUGUAACUAUGGGGGUCGUCUCUGUACAAAUUUAUUCUGGGAUGUGGAUUAUACUGAUGGUUUUGAAGCCUGGAAACUGUCAGCAAGCUCCAGAGUGCUCACCAACUGGACAUAAGAUCCUUCAGAACCCCUAUAGAAGUAUUGCCUUUGAUUCCAUGAGGCUCCAGCAAUCUGCCAUUCAUGACCUCAUAUGUGACCACUCUCUCACAUCCGGAUGGUACCGAUUUAUGAUCUUUGAUAAACCUGCUGAGAUGCCAACCAAGUGUGUGGAGAUGAAUCACUGUGGCACACAAGCUCCUGUUUGGUUGUCUCUAAGGGAAUCAGAGUCGCUCCCGGCUCCUGGGGAGGUGAGGCAGCUCACAGCUUGUGCCACAUGGCAGUUCUUCUUCAGCAGCACCAAGGAUUGUUGUCUUUUCCGCAUCCCAGUGACUGUCAGAAAUUGUGGAGACUUUUUUGUGUAUUUGUUGCAGCCUACUCAAGGGUGUAUGGGCUACUGUGCAGAAGUUGUCCCUGAAUCUGUAUCCCAGUGUGACAAGGGAGAGAUAGAAGUCAAUGGUGUUUGCACAAGUGAAUCAAACUCACAAAGCCUAUUACCUGAAUCUCCAUCUAGCCCGGAAAUUGUACCAGAUGUGGUUGGCAGCAGUGUCCAUCUGAAGUGUUCUUUUGAGGUUCCCACUAUGAACAGCUCCCUGGGAUUCAUCGUAAAAUGGUCUAGACUAUCGAGUGGUGGACAGAAGGAAGAAGUUAGACAAGAAGCUGUAGUGCUGUCAUUUUCUAUCAUAGAAUUGGACGGCAUAAAUGUCAGACUUGGAGACCGAAUAUAUUGCAGUGUUUCCAGCUUUAACCUAGAACAACCAGAUGUUCAUAGUCUCCCUCAAGAAAGCAAAGAAUUUUUUGUUGGCAUUAAGCUGCAUCCAGAAACUUUUAGCAUAUCAGAAGAUGGUAGGGGACAUAGGAUGAUGGUGAAGAGCACAAUUCCGAUUUCAUGCUCAGAUGCAAGUCAAUUGCAGAACGAUUGUAAACUCACACUAAGGUUCCAUACGAUAAAUGAAGCAGCUGAAGAGAAACAUGACUCAGAUUUGGCACUUUCUUCCUGUGAAGUGAAUCUCCUCCAGUCGAGCUGCCAAAACGAAACGUGCGGUCAAGCCGCCCUCUAUUUUACUGCAGUGAUGGACUUUGCCACGGAUGGGGACACAGUGACCAGCAUUGAAGUUGACCCCAUAGUUAGCAGCAAUUUCCUGUGGAAUGGAUAUACACUGGACCCAGUACAGAUCACAGUGACAGACAUCGCCAGUGCUUACUGCUAUUCAUUCACUGACCCCCAUAUCGUCACAUUAGAUGGCAGGUAUUAUGAUAAUUUUAACACUGGGACCUUUGUGCUUUAUAAAAGUACAUCUCGUGAUUUCGAAGUCCACGUCCGGCAGUGGGAUUGUGGAAGCGUCGAGCACCCGGCUUCAUGUAACUGCGGCUUUGUAGCCAAGGAAGGGGGAGAUAUCAUCACUUUUGACAUGUGCAGCGGGCAGCUCCACGAGUCUCAGCCUCACCUGGCCGUGAAGACUCAGGAAUCAUCUGAGCCAAACUUCAGGAUUACGGAAUCUUAUCACGGGAGGAAGAUGACGAUUUUGUUCUCAUCUGGAGCUUUCAUCCGAGCUGAUGUGAGUGACUGGGGGAUGAGUUUGACGUUGAGGGCUUCCAACAUGGACUUCAAGAACACGCUGGGACUUUGUGGAACGUUUGAUGGAAAUGCGAAUAAUGAUUUUCAUGACAAAAAAGGAGUCCAGCUGGAAGAGACCUCGCAUGGACGCCUUUAUUUCAUCAAUGAGUGGAAGAUUCCUGCCGGAGAAAGUUUAUUUGAUAAAAUCCCAACUUCCAUUCCGCAAAACAUUGAGAAGACCAAAUAUUGUGGUUGCACAUCUACCCCAGGAAGAAACCUUCCCCGGCAAUCACCAUAUACAGUCCUUACCAAUUCUCUACAAGAUGUCUCUGCCUGCACUGGAAAAGAAAAUGUAAGGUUUCUCACCUUAAUCCCAGUCUUGGAUGUAACGAAUGAGUACGUGUUCUCAGCCGAUACCAGUCGGAAUCUUCAGAAACGCUCUGUGGACAAUCUCCAAGAAUAUAACCCAUUAUCUAUAGGCUUCGAAGGGAUGCCCACCAACCCUGUAGAUGUGAAGAAUGUUUCAAGAAGAAAUGUUAUCUCAAGGAGACCACCACAACAUGUGCGGAGCUACAGAAGCCCAAGCAAAGAGAAAGUUAUGAAAAAUCGAGCUAAACGUCAAAAUUAUUAUGAAGAUCUCUCAAUGUUUCCCUAUCAAAGUCUAAGCCAAACAGACUUAGAAGGCUUCAGCUACUUUUUUCCCGAGGAUCACUCCACAGAAACUCCUCCUGAGCUUAUUCCUUCUUGGCCUACUGCAUCAGGGUUGACUCAUUCCUAUGCUUCAGCAGUUUGCCAACAGGCAAUUUUUAACUCCAGUAUUGGGAAAUUGUGCUCUGGAUUCCUGGAGAAACCUCUCAUGGAUGUCAUUGACAUGUGCAUUACAGAUAUAUUAUUGAAAGAUGACCUAGGAUGGACCGAAGCUGGUUUACCUCUCCUGGAGAAUGAGUGUGAAAGAAAAAUAUUGGACUUUAGACAAGACAAAGCAAGAAGCUACCAGAUUCCAGUUGAGAAGAUUCUGUUGGAAUUGAGAUGUCCCAACCUCUGUAGCUCCAAUGGGCAGUGUAUGGAAUGGGGCUGUUCCUGCUUCGAUGGGUAUAGCUCCUAUGACUGUAGCAUUUUGUCUGACCAGGUGCCUGAAAUUUCUGAGCUUGAAAAUUUUGGACUUUGUGAUGUUCGAAGGUACGACUGCACCUCUGUAAGAGUAUUUGGUCUGGGCUUCAAGGAGGGAGAGAGUCUAAAAUGUGAAUUUACAAAGCAACAGUAUAGUGGAGGCAGAUGGAUCCUUCUUGAGCCAGUAUUCACACAGGCUACAUUCAGAAACCCCAGAGCUGUGGACUGCCAGAUUCCUGCCGAUGUAGCCCAGUCUGACGGGAUGGAUCCUGUAGAUGAGAAACCCAUCGCUCGCCUGAGAGUUAAGUUGUCGAAUGAUGGCGAAAUAUUCAGCAACUUUAAAUCGAUGACACUAUAUGAUGGAGCCUGCCAGACCUGCGACCCCUUGUCAGAAGGGCUUUGUACACUGAAGGAGAAAACGUGUAACAUUGACGGACUCUGCUAUGCUGAAGGAGAUACAAACCCAACAAGUCCCUGCUUAGUCUGCAAGCCAAGUGCCUCCAAGUUAACCUGGUCCAUUGCCGAAAAUAAUCAGCCUCCUGAGCUCCAUUCCUUACCAGAAAAGCUGCAGACCUUUUAUGGCGAGAACUUUGUCUACCAGUUUGUGGGGUCAGAUCCUGAAGGUUCUGCAGUCCUGUUCUCCAUAGAAUCUGGUCCACAAGGCGCCAUUUUAUCUCCAGCAGGAUUACUGAUCUGGAAAGUUAUGUCACUGGAUACAGAGAGAAUUGUGUUUUCCGUCAUAGAUGACUGCAAUGCCAAGACGAGCGUCACAGUGGAGAUGUUUGUUAAAGCCUGUGGAUGCCUGAAUGGUGGAUCGUGUACAGCAAAUGUAAAUUUCCCUCCAGGAAAAGGGGAAUAUCUCUGCGUCUGUGCUCCAGGAUAUGAAGGAGACAGCUGUCAGAGAGAUAUCGAUGAUUGCCAGCCUAACCCGUGCCGUGCAGGAAGAUGUGUGGACCAGGUCAACCGCUAUCACUGUGAAUGCCCUGCUGGCCUUAAAGGACAAGCCUGUGAGGAGGAUGUGGAUGAGUGUCUGGACGCCCCUUGUUACCCCGGAGUACCCUGCACAAAUACUUUUGGCUCAUACACCUGCGCUUCAUGUCCCUAUGGUUAUGGAGGAGACGGAAGAAUAUGUGUCCAGAUAAUUCUGACAACUCAAACUCCCAAAACUGAGACCCCGGUGAAUCAUAGUACGUACGAUCCCAGCGGAGGAAGACAAAGCCACGAUGAGGGUAAAAUGAUUGAGCCCCAAUCUGCUCUAAAUGGUUCUCCUGAUGCUCCAAGCCCCACAGAAAGUAGCAAAAGACCAAAAACAUCAAUUGUGCCAACAACCCGGAGUCAUCCAUCCCUUAUGACCAUCAAUGAUUCAAAGAGGACAACAUUCUCCAGAAUACUAAAUGGUCGAAGAACAGCUUCUCAUCUACUCCGCAAUGGUUGGGUCACCAGUCAUACAUCAAGGAAUGGAUACAAAGGAACUACUACCAAUGAGUUUCCUAUCAGAAGAAGUGUAGCUUUCAUCUCUCAGCAACGACCAGGUGCCCAAGAGACAAUGUUGAAGGAACACGCCAGUAAAAAGAUUGAAAUCAAUGAAAUACUAAACACAGUCAACAAUGGUGACCAUGAGAAGAGUCAGCAGGUACAAGAUAUUUCCACCUUGAUGAACAGGACAGAAGAUCGAGGAGAGUUGAGAAGCCCAUUUACGCUGGCUCCAGAGAAACUGACUUGUGCCGAUUCUCCGUGUUUCCGUGGUGUUCACUGUGAACCGAGCGUGGAAGGAGGUUUCAAAUGUGGAAGGUGUCCCUUCGGAUAUUAUGGAGAUGGAUUGACUUGUCAAGCAAUUUGCAGCCAUCCAUGUGGAAGGAACAUGGAAUGCGUCGCUCCGAAUGUUUGUAAAUGUAAGCCGGGCUAUUCUGGAUACAACUGUCAGACGGCUGUGUGCCGCCCGGACUGCAGGAACCGCGGGAGGUGCACGAGACCCAACGUGUGCGAGUGUGCCCUGGGCUACGGAGGGCCCACCUGUGAUGAAGCUUUUUGUGACCCACCCUGUGAACAUGGAGGCGUCUGUCAGGCCAGGAACGUCUGCUCCUGCCCGUUUGGUUACGUUGGCCCCCGAUGUGAAACGAUGGUGUGCAACCGUCACUGUGAAAAUGGUGGUGAAUGUGUAGCCCCCGAUGUGUGCAAGUGCAAAUCUGGCUGGGGUGGACCUACCUGCGGCACAGCGCUGUGCCAGCCCCUGUGCCUCAAUGGGGGAACCUGCCUGAGGUCCAAUAUCUGCCUCUGCCCUAACGGAUUUUUUGGUGUUCAAUGUCAGAAUGCGAUCUGCAGUCCAUCAUGUAAGAAUGGCGGUCAGUGCAUGAGGAAUAAUGUCUGCAGUUGUCCUGAAGGCUACACUGGAAAAAGAUGUCAGACAAGUAUCUGUGACCCGACCUGUAUGAACGGAGGGAAAUGCGUUGGACCCAAUAUCUGCUCCUGUCCAUCGGGCUGGAAGGGCAAACGAUGCAGCAUACCAAUCUGUCUCCAGAAAUGUAAGAAUGGGGGCGAAUGUAUUGGCCCAAAUACCUGUCAGUGCCCGGCCGAGUGGGAAGGGGCUCAGUGCCAGACGCCCGUCUGCAAUUACAAGUGUCUGUAUGGCGGGCGCUGCAUGGCUCCCAACGUGUGUUCCUGUCGCCCUGGCUAUACCGGAGUCACGUGCGGUCACAGAUUACAGGCGUUGCGAGGAUGAAUCUGUGGACUUGUGGAGAACGUUGGCAUUACUGAUCGACCACAGGACUAUAACUUGGAGGAACAUGUGACAGGAGAAGGUCACACGUUGAGAGGACGCAGAGAAUGAAGAUGUCGCAGCAGCUCGGGUAGAAGAGAAGAACUUUGUAUUUAGUAGCACAACAAACCCCGGGCGGAACGAUAUCGGGACCGGAGAACGCCAUUGAUUCCUUCAUGUAUAGAAAUGGGCAUUUCCAUAACACGGCACAUGUAAAUGCAUACCGCUGCGGCCUUGUAAACUGUAAGAACAGUGGCCGGUCAGAUACAGAUGUAGCAGAGCUAAACUUGUUAUUUUGUACAUUGAGACUAAGAUGUGUAUUGUUUCCAUUAAUAAUAAAGCUGAGCUGCAGGGUUACGUAAAACUGCGGAGGACAAACCAUAUGAUCAUGACAAUUUCCGUAAAAUGCACUGGACAUUAUCUCCACUACGUGUCCAGCGCACGUUACAGAAAACUAUCAAAAGAUGAUUAGACUGAGACUACAUCAGACAAUGAGCCUUGGAAGUCUGUGAGAAAAAGAUGUAAAUAAUUCAUGGUAAAGACAAGAAAUGUUCUGUUAUCUAUUAUAUGCAUAACACUGAUCUGUAAUAAAUAAAAACGUCUA